UGUUAUUUCCCAAUGGCCCCAAAGCCGGAACGCAUCAUCACCGACUUCUUUAAACCAUUCGCCCAGCCGAAGGUCAGACGCAUAGUUGCUGGAGAGGGAAGGAGCGCGUCAGAGCCUCAAAACGCGCCUGCCGCAGCCACCAAGGUACAUCAACAACAACCGCAGCAGCAACAGCAGAGUGAAAAGUCUCGUCUCUCCAUGCCGCCCGAAAGAUCUGUUUCUUCGAAUGUCCGCAACAUCCAAGUCCUGCCCUUUACAGAGACAAAAAUAGACGAUCCCAUUCCUACGCCAAUACCUUCUAGUCCACCUCUAUACCAUGCACCUAUCUCACGUAUCCCACGAGAGUUGAGCCCUCUUACUUCGCCCGAGUCCAGCCCCAGCCCUCCGUCACCUCCACCAACUGUCCUUAAGAAACAGCCGACUAUGGAUCCCUCUGUGUCUUCUUCAUCUCUCUCGAGUCUGCCCAUCAGCUCGCAAUCUUCGAGCAAACGCAUCAUUCGAGACGGCAUGCUGGCUGUGACAAAUUCGGAUUCCGAUAGCAUCGAUGCCGAUUCAGAUCCCUUGGAUGAUAUUGACGAGCUUAUUCGACGAAAGCGCUUGAAGAUGACCCCACCCACUACAUCUUCAGAGACUCCGCAACGUCCUCCAAACCCUACCCGUGAGCUGAGGAGCUCCACUCGUCGCGACAGGACGUCAAUCUCCAAAUCCAAGAUGGUCCAACCUUCUCGGAAGAAAUACAAGUUCAGCAUGGCUUCCCUGGUUGCUUCUCACAACAAGGAUGCCAAGUCCAUCCAAAAGAUCCAGGAGUACGAGGAAGAAUACAGGCAAGAGAUGGAUUUGACGGCACGUCAGGAACACGAGCUUAGACAGACGUCUGACAUGAAUGCCGAAGAGUUUGCUGCCCAUCUGCAGGUAGAUGACGGUGAUGACGAGACAAGAGAACGUGUCGUGCGAGCCAUCGAGCGCAACGACGUCCUAGAAAAGAAUGUUCAAUAUCCUUUCUUCAGACAUGCCGAUCCAAGAACACACCUGUCCAAGCCAUUCCUCAAUACGACUCUAUCGAAGGACUGGACAAGCUCGUUGCAGGAUAGAGAUGCCAGGGAAGAAUUGUUCAAGAGCGGAUUUGUGGCAGAUAUGGCUCGAGUAUCUGCCCUACCUGACGAAAUUGUUCAAUGGAUGCAAUUCGAGCUGCUUCAGGACACAGAGGGUAGUCUGGCUAGUGCCUACGUGAGCAUUUUGGAAAACUCAUUCUCUAACACUUCUNUUUCAACCGACCAUCUGCGCAGACAGUUUCUUCUGCGAGCAGGUAGAGAGGAUCUUGAACCGGAUUUGUUCUCCGACAUGCCAUCAAAGCCUCCUCCUGCUCAUCAAAGACCCUACGUAGAGGCAAUACCUCUAAACCCUCAUUGGACAUGUGUGCUUUUGACGAGGCUUGCGACCAGAAGGAACUGGCUAACACCUUUGAUGCUCCUACUUGUGGACCCACAGCUAGAACAGAGGCUGGAGAUCCGACUAGCUCUCCAAGAUUGCAUCGCAAACUUGCUCGAAGCCGAUCCUGCACCUUCUGUCCAAAUCACAACAAUGGAACACGUUGGACAACGCAUUCGUGCACAUAUCCCGAAUCCAAUUCUGAUACAACAUCUGAUCGGCUCUCUUCCAUCGUACAUGGCCUCAUCGCAUAGUUUCAAGCGGCGACUAGGUUUGGCAUCAUUCCUAAAGUCCAACACGUAUCUCAAUGACAAUCUUGAUGACCUGGCGACCAUGAAAACUUUGACGCUAUACCUUCACGAGAACAAGGCAUUCAAGAUUAGGGACAACACCGACUUCCAGAAAUUGGCAGCUCGGUUCGAAACACUGAACACGGCGAUAGAGAAGCUGUCGUACAGACUCGAGUUUGCGGCAAGGACGAGGCCGAAGCCGAAGAAAGGAAUCUUCGGAGCGGCUGAGGGCACAAGCGAUAUGAUUAGAAGCUUUGUCGCAAGACGUGAACAGGACAUGGCUGUGGGAAACGGAAUCGAUAGCAGCAGCGAUGCUGUCUAG